GAGCAAACUAUUUUCCUGCCAUGGACCCGUCAUCCCAGAAGUUACUCUAAAGGGAAAAACAAGGACGCAGAGCGGAGACAGACAGAGGAGGGAGAGAAAAGCAGUAAACCUUGGCUGAGGUGAGGAAAAAGCAGUUGUGUGGGAGAGCGGAGGCGAAGAGAGAGACGCAAGGAAGGGGAGUGGAGGAGUGAGGCGCCCCGUUGCUUCCAGAGAAGUGAGAGGGGGAAACGGGGAAAACAAGAAGACGAGAGGAGUGAUAAAAGUCGGGAAAGGAGGGAGAAAAGUUGCCUGGACAUGGGGCUUUGUGCUGUUCUCCUCAUCUGUCUCUCCCAGGCUGAGCUGGGGAGAGUCUGGGCUCAACAGCAUGAAGAUGCACUGAGCAGGACUACUCUGCAGACGAGUGGGGACCUGUCCGGUUUGCACAGAACCAGGAGGGACCAGCAGACCCCACACAAACACAGAGAAGACCGCAACACUGAAGGAGGACUUGAUAUCAGUAGCCUGCCUGACAACAUGACCCGGAUACUGGAGGACACCCAGCGGUACUACACAUGGAAGAGUUUUGGUCCAACAGACAGACGGACUAAGGACUUAUGGGUAGAUCUGAACAACCUGCACAAGAGCCAAGUCCAGAUCCACGGCAUACUGUCUAAUGCACACAGGCAGGCAGCGAGGGUGGCACUUUCUUUUGAUUUCCCUUUUUAUGGACACCACUUGAGACAAAUUAUCGUAGCGACUGGUGGCUUCAUCUUCAUGGGGGAGAUAACUCAUCGAAUGCUGACUGCCACACAGUACAUUGCUCCCCUCAUGGCCAACUUUGACCCCAGCUUCUCCAAAAACUCAACAGUGAGGUACUCGGACAACGGUAAUCUAUUUGUGGUGCAGUGGGACAAAGUCCAGCUUAAGGACAGAGAAGCUGAAGGACCUUUUACUUUCCAGGCAGUCCUCCAUAGAAAUGGAACCAUUGUUUUUAACUACAGAGAUAUCCCUAUACCAGUGGAGAAAAUGAAUUCCACCGAGCAUCCAGUGAAAGUGGGACUGUCUGACGCUUUCAUGGCACACCUCCCCCCCUCACAGCUCUCAGAUGCAAAUCGCCGUACUAUCUAUGAGUAUCAUCGUGUUGAGAUUGACAUCACAAAGAUUGUUAGCAGAUCUGCUUUCGACUUCACACCUCUGCCUACUUGUCUUCAACACACAUCCUGUGAUCUCUGCCUAACAUCCAACUUGACAACCGGCUGUGGCUGGUGCAACACACUUCAACGGUGCUCGGACGGUAUCGACCGACAUAGACAAGAAUGGUUAGAUUAUAACUGCCCUGAAGAGGCAAAUGGCAAAUGUGAGGACUACAACCCGGUACUACCUGAGGGAUCUAUGAGCUCCUUUAACCAGUCUUCUCCAGGUCCGACACUUUCUUCAGCAGUGAUCGAAGACCCACCUGUCACUAAAGAUACACAGACGGGUCCACCAAACCAUAAGGGGAAAACAGGGAACUUGGCCAUCAUAGCAGGUGUAGUGGCUGCGCUGGUUCUGCUUGUAGUUCUGACCCUACUGGCUGUCUACUACAUCAACACGCACCCCACAGUUGCUCCACCGUUCUACCUCAUGCAGCGACGCACCAAUAACUACUGGCCCUCCAUGAAGUUCCGCAACCAAGGCUGUCACUCCAGUUACGCAGAGGUUGAGCUUGGGGGUCAUGAAAAGGAUGGUUUUAUUGAAGCUGAGCAGUGCUGUUAAGACUCCUGGACAUGCAGAAUUCUGUCAGAAGAAGAAAGGACACCAUCUUGAGGACUGCCAAGUUAUUACAAGGGGAUAAAUAUGGACGAUCAGGCCGACCAUCAACACAGGGUGUCCCAACUUCUGCCUUGGCAGCUUGACAGCGUUGACUGCUCUUGUAGCUCUUGCCAACUUUAUCUGUGUCUUUUGCUCUCUGCCAUCACCCAGGGGAUCCGCCAUAUUAAUCAAGGGUUGGAGGGUCUGAGAGUAAGACGACUGUACAGAAAUGAGAUGCAAACGUGUAACUGUACAAAAACACAUCAAUGUAAGCUGAUGUCAGGGAAUGAAUUAAACUAGCCUUCAUACUGCAAACCAACAUACCGGUCAACUUAACCAUGUGUUUACUGUUUGUUGUUUUUAUUCAGUGUAUGGAAUUAUUUUUGUUUCAUGAAACUUCCACGUGACCAACCAUUGGUUCAUAAAAUGUUAUAUCCCUGGGGACUUCAAUAUAACAGAUAUUUAGCUAUGUACCUGAUAGUGAUUAUAAUGAGCAUCUUGAACUUCUCUGAAGAAAUAUUGUUUGGAUGUGUUUUAGAGACAUCAAGUUAUGAGAGUUUUCUUUUAUCAUUUCUGUUUAAAUGUCUUCUAAUAAAAGCUGGUGGUUAAUGUU